CGUGCAUUGGCUUGACUAAUGUUGUUACCCGCGUCCACUCGUAACUUAAUGACAGUUCUUCGCAUGAACUUGGUAAACUCGCCAAGAGCCUACGAGGUGUUAUGCUUUUAAGGUCGAGGCAGCAGAGGAAUACAUCUCGGGGCGUUUGCUGGCAGAUAUUUAUAGUGUUCGUGAUGAUAGCUGAACGCUUAGAGAAUUUCACUCUGCCGCUCGUGACUGAGGUGCAACCAGUUUGAGAGCGCAGCGACCCACUCGCUACUCUCCAGAAGGGAUGAAAUCGCGGAGAGACAAGCUGAAGAUUCCCUCCCUCACAUUGGAUUUGUCCCCCACAUGCCAGAGCCCCACCAUCGCCAGCCCCUGCAGCCCCUGCAGCCCCUGCAGCCCUUUACUAACCUUGCAUCCAUGGAGUUGCCGUAGCAGCAACAGGAAGAGCCUGGGAUUGGGGACACCGUCCCCCACGCUGUCACGCCCCCUGUCCCCUCUGCCCGUCCAUACAGCAGCCAGCAGCCCAUUGGAUAGCCCAAGAAAUGUCUCCACCAGUGCUCCGUCAACUUGCCUUCGUGUGUGCGUGCCCCUUUGCAGUCAUAUGGCUCGCACUGACAGAGCGGAAGGACGACGAUGGUCACUGGCUUCUCUCCCUUCAUCAGGCUACGGUACCAACCCUCCCAGCUCCACAGUCUCCUCAUCUUCAUCGUCUCAAGAGCGCCUCCAUCAGCUUCCGUACCAGCCCACUCAGGAUGAGCUCCACUUCCUGUUUAAACACUUCCGCAGCUCCGAGAGUGUGACUGACGAGGACGGACGCCCCGCCACAGCCAUGCGUCCACGCUCACGGAGUCUCAGCCCGGGCCGAGCCAGUGGCUCAUUUGAUAACGAGAUCAUCAUGAUGAACCAUGUUUACAAGGAGCGCUUCCCAAAGGCCACGGCCCAGAUGGAGGAGCGCCUGCAGGACGUGCUGGUCCAGUGUUCUCCAGACAGCGCUCUGCCGCUGGGGGACGGAGUUCUGGGCUUCAUUCAGCACCAGCUGGUGGAACUGGGCCGCGACUGCCUGGACAAGUCCCGCAAGGGCCUGGUCACCUCGCGCUACUUCAUGGAGCUGCAGGAGAAACUGGACAAGCUCCUGCACGAGGCGUAUGAGCGCUCGGAGAGUGAGGAGGUCUCCGUCAUCAGUCAGCUGGUGAGGAAGAUGCUAAUCAUCAUAUCACGGCCUGCCAGACUCCUGGAGUGCCUGGAGUUUGACCCUGAGGAGUCUCUACCCACACUCAGAGAUGGCGAGUGGCCACGGUGGGCCAGGGCAUCAAGACCGACAUCCCCCGAUACAUCAUCAAUCAGCUGGGCCUCAACCGAGACCCUCAUGCAGAACCGCUUGCUGCUCACCCCGUCUCGGAGGAAGCCGCUGGAGAGUGAUUUUGAGACCAUCAAACUCAUCAGUAAUGGGGCUUAUGGGUGCGUGCGCUGGUCUGGUACGUACCGGUGCGCACAGAAUCCGCCAAAUUUUGCCAUGAAGAAGAUCAACCGUCAGAACCUGAUUCUGCGGAACCAGAUCCAGCAGGUGUUCGUGGAGCGCGACAUCCUCACCUUCGCAGAGAACCCCUUCGUGGUCAGCAUGUUCUGCUCCUUUGAGACCCGCAGACACCUGUGCAUGGUCAUGGAGUAUGUGGAAGGAGGAGACUGUGCCAACCUGCUGAAGAAGAUGGGGCCGCUGCCAGAGGACAUGACGCGCAUGUACUUCGCCGAGACUGUGCUGGCCCUCGAGUACCUGCACAACUACUGACAUCGUUCACACAGCCUCAAACCAGACAACCUGCUUAUCACCUCCAUGGGGCACAUCAAGCUGACGGACUUUGGCCUGUCCAAGAUCGGCCUGAUGAACAUGACCACCAACCUGUACGAGGGCCACAUGGAGAUGGACACGCGCGAGUUCAUCGACAAACAGGUAUGUGGAACCCCUGAGUACAUCGCCCCGGAGGUGAUCCUACGGCAGGGCUACGGCAAGCCAGUGGACUGGUGGGCCAUGGGCGUCAUCCUGUACGAGCUCCUGGUGGGGUGUGUGCCUUUCUUUGGAGACACGCCCGAGGAGCUGUUUGGACAGGUGGUCAGUGAUGAGAUCAUCUGGCCAGAUGGGGACGAUGCCCUGCCUGUGGACGCACAGGAUCUCAUCACCCGUCUUCUUAGACAGAGUCCCCUGGAGCGACUGGGAACAGGUGGCGCUGGGGAGGUGAAGCAGCAUCCCUUCUUCUCUCAUCUGGACUGGAACAGUCUCCUGCGGCAAAAGGCCGAGUUCAUCCCUCAGCUCGAGUCUGAGGACGACACUAGCUACUUCGACACGCGGACUGAGCGCUACCACCACCUGGGCUCAGACGAGGAGGAGGAGACUAACGAUGAAGAGUCGUCCCUGGAGAUCCGCCAGUUCUCUUCCUGGUCCAACCGCUUCAGCAAGGUGUACAGCAGCUCGGAGCAUCUGGCGACCCCGUGUAACCUGAGCUUCUCUACGGACCGCAGCCCCAGCGAGGACAAAGAGGAGCCCAGGGCCCCGUCCCCUGCAGACACACACACACAGCGCCACGCAGGGGACGAACACAGGCUCUCCGCUCAGAGAGCCAGUCUGCGUGUGCGGGCCUCUUCUGGCUCCUCCCAGUCCGAGCGCAGCACCAGUCCACUGGUCAUCAGCAGCACACACAGCCUGGAGACCAUGCCACGCUUCGCCCUGUCCACCGACGACGAAGCAGAAGGGGGUGUGUCUAACCUGCACCGCAUCAGGAUCCGGAGCAGCAGCACCGGGGCCAAACACUCGUCUCCAAGGGAACAGGGCAGCUCACGGCGCUAUGGCAACCAGCUCGACACCCCCGACAAGCACAGGGUGCCCAAGUCUGCCUCCGUCUCUGCCCUCUCCCUCAUCAUCACCACAGACGACGUGUGUGUAGGUGGUCUCCAGACGAGCCCCAUCUCCCCGCGCUCCCUCUCGUCCACCCCUUCGUCCCGAGACUCGUCCCCGAGCCGCGAGCUCUCGCUCAGCCUGACCUGCCUGCGCCCCCCCAUCCUCAUCCACUCCUCCGGCAAGAAGUACGGCUUCACGCUGCAGGCCAUCCGCGUCUACAUGGGCGACUCGGACGUCUACACUGUACACCAUGUGGUCUCGAGUGUGGAGGAGGGAGGGCCUGCGCAUGAGGCAGGUCUUCGGGCUGGUGACCUCAUCACACACGUUAACGGGAGAGAUUGCAGGGGCGUGCACGAGAUGAUGGAGCUGCUGCUCAAGAGUGGCAACAAGGUGGCGCUGCAGACCACGGCCCUGGAGAACACGUCCAUCAAGCGUGGACCCGCCCGCAAGGCCAGCUACAAGGGCAAGAUGGCCCGCCGCAGCAAGAAGUGCAAGAGGAGGGACACCCAGGACCGGCGUCGCAGCAUCCUGAAGAAGCUGUCGAAGCAGAGUGGCGUGAUGCAAAGCAGUCGCAGCUUCUCGUCCGGUCUGCAGCACUCGGUCUCGUCCAGCGAGAGCCUGCCGGGGUCCCCCACACACAGCCCCUCCCCUGGACCCUCCACCCCCUGCAGGAGCCCUGCUCCAGACCACCACGCCACAGAUGCGGCGCUGUCUCCCCAGAAUCCAUCUCAGUGCUCGCCCAGUUCCCCCGGCUCACAUGCGGCCCACAUCCGGCCCAGUUCCCUGCACGGGCUCAGCUCCAAGUUGGGUUCGCAGCGCUACAGCAAGGUGGGCCGCCGCAAGUCCACCAGCAGCAUCCCGCCCUCGCCCGCCGCCUGCGUCCCCAGGCCUUCGCCCGGUGGCCCUGCCGACCAUCGUAAGGCUGCCUCCCUUCCCGCAGGCACUCUGUCUCCGCCCACUCUGGUGCGUCCACGCAGCGCCGAGCCCCCCCGCUCGCCACUCCUCGAGCGCCUGCCCGGCGCCUACCACCACGACAGGAAGUCCUUCGCCCCGCGCCUGCACACGCUGGAGGUGCGGCACGCCGAGGCCGACGCUCUGGCUGAGCUGGAGCCCGAGGGGGCAGCAGGGGGCGCUGUUCGGCUGGGCCUGGGCUACGGCGCCGCCCAGAGGCUCUGGUCAUCGGCGGGCAGCACGGAGCAGCUGGUGGUGAUGCGCAAGCUCAACCUGUCCGAGCGCCGCGACUCCUUCAAGAAGCAGGAGGCCGUGCAGGAGGUGAGCUUCGACGAGCCCGAUGAGAAGCCGGCCGCAGCGGCACCCCCGAGCCCCCCACGGCACCGCGCCGCCUGGUUGCUAGGCAACGGGGAGUCGGUCGAGGAGGACGGGGUAGCGGGGGGGCGCAGGUGCCCGCUCGUGCCCCAGAUCGCCGUGCAGGGCUCCGAGAGCGAGGAACAGGAAGACUGGGAGCCCUGCUCCGACGACCAGGAGGACGAGGAGGAUGAGGAGCUGAGGAAGACUACCGAGCAGGACGCCCAGGGUGCGGCCCAGCCUGCAUCUGUUGCCCUUGGCAACAUGCAGUGGGUGGUGUCCACGGUGACUCCGCCCAGCCCCCGUAGAGGGCAGAAGCCAAAGCAGAAAUGAAGGGAGACUGGUUGGGUUGGGGGUUGGGUUAGGGGUUGGGUUGGGGGUUGGGGACGGCACGACAAGAGGACAAACUCUCCACAGACUCUCCAUGCACUGAAUAAAAGACUGAACUCACAGGCUGAACCCCCUUGCCAAACACAUCGUCAUGAAAUAAAUUUAGCAAUUUUGGAUA